UUCAGGCCUUUCACUCACAACCCAACAUCCUUCUGCAAGUCCACUUAGUCCAGCAGAACUUGCAGGCAUCUAAGAAGAUAUAGUUCUGAUGGGGAAUUGCUUAUUUAUUCAGGACAAGGAGAUGAUCGAGAUCAUGAGAAUGGAUGGGAAGAUGCUCAGAUACCGAUCACCAUUGAAAGCCUAUCGAGUUCUGUCUGAAUUCCCUGGGCACGCGAUCUCCGACGCACUCCCCGUCAUCCACCAUCUCGAUCCCACAACCGAUAUGAGAAGCGGGCGGCUCUACUAUCUUCUCCCUCCGAAGACGCCAACCAAGGAGACCGGGCUUGGAAAUGGAGUUGUUAGGAUCAAGAUGGUUAUCAGUAAGCAGGAGUUGAAGGACUUGCUACGUAAGGGAGGGGUCACCUUUGACAGUAUGAUAUCUCUUGGUCAGAGAGGACCAAGCAAUGGAAGGAGUGGUGAUGGUGAAGAGAAGUGCAUCGGCUGGAGGCCUGCUUUAGAAAGCAUAUCAGAAGGGAAUGAUUGCUAGUCGCAAUUACUAUUGUUGUAGAACUUAUGGGAUGAAACAGCUUGCUUUGUUGAGAUGACGCAUGCAUGUAUACUAAUAAGUUCCGGGUAGGGGCUCUCUCUCUCUUUUCUUUACGUUGCUUGUCUCGAAAAGGCAGAGAUAGCCCAUGAACCAUAUAGUGAAAUUAAUAGUGCCAACUCCAUCUCCUUUAAAGCUUUUGAAUGGAAAUCUUGUUAGUUACUUGA